AUGGGACAUUCGAGCGCAACAACUGUAAGCAUCCUUCUACUUCUGGUAGUUUCGGCACAGGCUUGGCCAUACUAUCAAAAUUUCCAACAAUUCGACCCGUUCCGCCAGAGUCGAGAUGUGCAUGACAACACGGUUGAUACUACCGACAGUAUAAUUGGUCAUUUAGCUCAUCUUGCUGGUCAACUUUAUGGAGAACCCAACAAUGAAACUGGUCUUAAAGUCGCCGAAUGGCACGAAGGUAUGAAUGUCAAUCCCGAGGAACUAGGAGAAUACGUCGAGGGUGACAUUUUGUUUCCCACUGCUAUUGUGGGAAGAAAUGGAGUCAAGGCCGAAACUGCAAGGUGGCCUGAUGGCGUUAUACCUUACAUCAUGAGCCCUUUUUUCAACCAAAAGCAACGAAGAGUGAUUUUCGAAGCGAUGGAUGACUACCACAAAUACACCUGCAUCCGUUUCAAGGAAUACAAGGGCGAGGAAAGUGAUUAUAUACGUAUAACAGCCGGUAACACUGGUUGUUGGAGCGCUGUGGGUAGAGUUGGUGGUCGCCAAGACGUUAAUCUCCAAGUGCCCGGAUGUGUCACUAAGAAAGGCACCAUCAUCCACGAACUCAUGCACGCCGUGGGCUUCCUUCAUGAACAGAGUCGCUAUGAAAGGGAUAAUUAUGUCAGUAUUCAGUGGCAUAAUAUUCAAAGAGGUCGUGAAACCAAUUUCGAAAAGUCACAACGUAGCACGACCGAUGCUUUGGGCGUGGGUUACGACUACGGAAGUGUAAUGCACUACUCGGCUAACGCUUUUUCUCGCAAUGGCCAGCCAACGAUCGUCCCAAGAGAGCCUAGAAAUAUUUUGGAUUUCAUUGCCGAAAUCUUCCAGGGAAAUAGAAACGCACGAAUCGGGCAAAGAGAUGGUUUGAGCACGAAGGAUAUUCAAAAGAUCCGAAGGAUGUAUAAGUGCGCAAAACGGCGACGUAGCAGUAGCUUUUUCUUUUGAGCAAAUGUCAUUCUGAAGAGGCUCGCACACAAGUGAUUCAUCCAACGCCAUUAAGCCAUUGAACUGAAAAGCAA